ACCUACGCCCAUAUUAAGAGUCACCGUCACACUGCUUCGCAACCCCUCCAUGCAAACCUCUUUUGCACUUACCCUGUUCUCUUCCGCCGCCUCGAUCGAGUAAGUGUCUACGGUCCAGGGCUGGUGAGUCACUUUGCAUUCCUCGUGUAGCAACCGUUGAACCGAGAGGUGGAUGAGUUCUUUUCGCUACUUUUCCCUUUCAUCCUUUUCAAUUCGUUCAAAAUCCAGCUUCUGUGAAGUCUGGCAGGCCCAUUUGCCCCCCGCGCAUCGCACAUUUUCUACCACAAGCCAACUUUCUCGAGCCAAAGUCUUCGUGCCGCAAAAGAAGCAGCCCAAUAUGACUUCGAAGGCUACGACCCUCAAGGGCCAGCCCCUCGACCGCCCUGUCCUCGAUGCCAUGCUGCGUCGCCGCAUGUUCUUCACCCCGGCAUUCGAGAUCUACGGCGGCACUGCCGGUCUCUUUGACUACGGCCCCCCCGGCUGUGCGCUGCAGGCGAACAUUAUCGAUUUGUGGCGCAAGCACUUCGUUCUCGAAGAGGACAUGCUCGAGGUCGACUGCACGGUCUUGACACCGCUCGAGGUGCUCAAGACUAGUGGCCAUGUGGACAAGUUCGCCGACUGGAUGUGCAAGGACCCAAAGAACGGCGACAUUCUCCGAGCCGACCACUUCGUCGAGGAUGUCUUGGAGGCUAGGCUGAACGGCGAUAAGGAGGCGCGCGGACAAAAAGUCGACGGAGAGGAGCCAGCGGCCGAUGCCAAGAAGAAGAAGAGGAAGCAGAAGACCGAGGCCGUCAAACUUGACGAUGCGGUUGUGCAGGAAUACGGGGAGGUUCUCGCCAAGAUUGACAACUACAAUGGCGAGGAGCUUGGCGAGCUCAUCAAGAAGUAUGACCUCAGAAACCCGGCCACCGGCGUCCAGCCGUCGCCUCCGGUCUCCUUCAACCUGAUGUUCCAGACCUCGAUCGGCCCCAGCAGUAAUUCUCCCGGCUACCUGCGCCCGGAGACGGCCCAGGGUCAGUUCCUCAACUUCGCCAAGCUUCUCGAGUUCAACCAGGGCCAGAUGCCUUUCGCCUCGGCCUCCAUCGGCAAGUCGUACCGGAAUGAGAUCUCGCCCCGCGGUGGCCUCUUGCGUGUGCGCGAGUUCCUGAUGGCCGAAGUCGAGCACUACGUCGACCCCAAGAGUGGCAAGCAGCACCCCAAGUUUGCCGACAUCGAGAACAUCGAGCUUGACCUCCUGCCGCGGGAUGUGCAGCUGUCCGGCAAGACGGACCUCGUUCGCAUGACGAUUGGGGACGCCGUCCGGAACAAGGUCGUCGACAACGAGACGCUCGGCUACUUCCUGGUGCGCAUCUUCCUCUUCCUGCAGAAGCUCGGCGUCGACCAGAGCAAGCUCCGCUUCCGGCAGCACAUGGCAAACGAGAUGGCUCAUUACGCCACUGACUGCUGGGAUGCCGAGCUCUUCACUUCCUCGGGCUGGAUUGAGUGUGUCGGCUGUGCGGACAGGAGCGCGUACGAUUUGAGUGUGCACAAGGAGAAGACCGGCGCCCCCCUGAUCGUGAGGGAGCGACUGGAUGAGCCGAUCAUUGAAGAGCGGUGGGAGGUGGAAAUCGAGAAGAAGAAGUUCGGACCCCAUUUCAAGAAGGACGGAAAGGCGGUCGAGACCGCUCUCCUGGCUACCACCCAGGACCAGCGCGAGGCCCUGGCCAAGCAGUUGACUGAGACGGGCAACACGGAGCUCGAGAUCGCCGGUGUCGGCGAUGGCAAGGUACAGAUCACCAAGGACCUCGUUACGAUCGAGUUCCGGAAGAACGUUAUCAACACCAGAGAGUACACGCCCAAUGUCAUUGAGCCCUCGUUUGGUAUCGGUCGCAUCCUUUAUUCGCUCAUUGAGCACUCUUACUGGACGCGCGCCAGUGAUGGUGGAGAUGAGGCUCGCGGUGUACUCUCAUUCCCGCCGGAGGUGGCGCCCACCAAGGUUCUGAUCAUACCACUCUCGGCCAACAAGGCCUUCAAGCCCUUCAUCCAGAAGAUUUCGCAGAAGCUUCGCAAGCUUGGCAUCUCGAGCCGCGUGGACGACUCGUCGGCGACGAUCGGCAAGCGCUACAGCCGCAACGACGAGCUGGGCACGCCCCUGGGCAUCACGAUCGACUUCCAGACGGUGCAGGACUCGACCAUCACCUUGCGAGACCGCGAUUCUACGAAGCAGGUGCGCGCCGACGAGGACCAGAUCGUGGCGGCGGUCCAGAGCAUCGUCGACGGCACCAAGCAGUGGAAGGAUGUGGAGGCGGAGCUCCCGGCCUUUGAGGGCCAGGAGGUGGAUGUCGCUGUGCGCUAGAGGGUAGUCGGUAGUCGGGUGGAGAGCACACUCGCGAAGCAUGCGCAGACAGACCAAGACGACUGGGGAUGCGGAAGUGUAUAGAUCAUUUGAGCAACCUGCGAAGACAGCAUAGAGGGCUCCGGUUGGCUUUGAUACACCGGGUCAUGGAGUUGCUGAAGAGAAAGACGUGUAAUUUGUUGAGAAGAGGAUCACAAGUCUCAAGGAAGUUAGUCCGCCUGCCAUUCUUACUUUUUUGUGUUGAAUAUCAAUCACAUUUCUUGUGACGAUGUCCUGG